ACAUAUAAAAAUAAAAAAAAUAACAACAAACCAUCUAUCUCGCCGUGAUUCAUCUCCUCCGAUUCAACUCUCUCUCUCUCUCUCUCUCUUUCUUUCUCUUUGACUUCCAGAUUCGAUCUCCAGUCUCUCUCUAAUGGAGACUCCACCAGCGGAGGAGCUUCUCAAGAAGAUACGAGAGCUAGAGGAAAGCCAGGAGCAUCUCAAGCGCGAGAUGUCGAGGCUCAAGGUCUCUGCAGCCGCGGCCGAGGUUAAGCAUCAGCAUCGCUCGCAUUCAAUGUCUCCGCAGCGGAGGAGAAACAGUGGUGGUGAUGGAGCUGGAGCUGCUGCUCCGAGAUGGAGGAAGAGCGGGACGGCGUCGUUUCGCCACGCUUCCCCGCUGCGUAAGGAGAGCCACAGCCGCGGCGGAGGCGGCGAGGAGGAGGAGGGAAGAGGGAAGUUUACGGAGAAACAGUAUUUGAAUAUUUUGCAGUCUAUGGCGCAAGCUGUUCAUGUCUUUGAUCUCAACGGACAUAUCAUCUUUUGGAACUCAAUGGCGGAAAAGCUUUACGGUUUCUCAGCAUCAGAAGCACUUGGGAAGGAUCCGAUUGAUAUUCUUGUGGAUGACCAAGACGCUGCGGUUGCACAGAACAUCACUCGGCGUUGCGGCUGCGGAGAGAGCUGGACUGGUGAGUUUCCUGUCAAGAACAAAGCAGGAGACAGGUUUUCGGUAGUGACUACAAUGUCUCCUUUCUACGAUGACGAUGGCUCUCUUAUUGGGAUCAUAUGCAUCACAAACGAUGCUGCUCUUUUUCAAGACCCGAGAGCCUCUCAAGCUAAGACAAGAGGGCAAGAAGGGGAAACAAGCUUUAGCCGGGUUGCAUCUAAGCUUGGUCUUGACUCUAAAGAGGCUGUUGUGUCGAAACUUGGGCUUGAUUCUCAGCAGCCUAUACAAGUCGCUAUUAAAUCCAAGAUAUCAGAUUUGGCAUCCAAGGUGGGGAACAAGGUCAGGUCAAAGAUGCAAGCAGGUGAUAACAGCGCUGCACACCAUGAAGGUGGAAGUGGGGACAGUCAUUAUUCGGAUCAAGGUUUCUUCGAAGCUGCUUUGUUUGAACGUAAGGAGGAUGCAGGUGCUAGCAGCACAGCUAGGGGAGAUUUUAUCCAGUCUCCUUUUGGUGUGUUCUUGCGUAGCGAUGACAAGUCUUCUUCAAAGCCUUUCAGAGACUCCAGCGAUGAAAACGAUGGAAUCAUCCGUAAGAGACUCGCCUCAAAAGCUGAAGAAUGGAUGGCAAAGAAAGGAUUGUCGUGGCCGUGGAGAGGGAAUGAGCAAGAAGGUUUGGAAGGAAGGCGUGGUCAUUCGGUGUGGCCUUGGGUGCAUAAUGAACCGCAAAAAGAACAAGGUCAUCAGAGUUAUAGGGCUGUUAAUAAUGAGGCUGUGGGUGGGUCUUGGUCUUCCCCUGUUAAUGUGAACAGCACAAGCAGUGCUAGCAGCUGUGGAAGUACUAGCAGCAGUGUCAUGAACAAGGUUGAUAUGGAUAGUGACUGCUUGGACUAUGAAAUCUUGUGGGAGGAUUUGACAAUUGGAGAACAAAUUGGACAAGGUUCGUGUGGAACUGUCUAUCAUGGUCUAUGGUUUGGAUCUGAUGUUGCUGUAAAGGUGUUCUCCAAACAAGAAUAUUCAGAAGAGAUCAUAACAUCUUUUAGACAAGAGGUAUCGUUGAUGAAAAGACUUAGACAUCCAAAUGUUCUACUGUUUAUGGGAGCUGUGACAUCUCCCCAGCGUCUCUGUAUCGUGACAGAGUUCCUUCCACGUGGAAGUCUCUUCCGUUUGCUGCAGAGGAACACAUCAAAACUGGAUUGGAGACGACGUAUCCAUAUGGCAUUUGACAUUGCUCGUGGCAUGAACUAUCUUCACCAUUGUAGUCCACCCAUCAUUCACCGCGAUCUGAAGUCAUCAAAUCUAUUGGUUGAUCGAAACUGGACAGUGAAGGUUGCUGACUUUGGUCUCUCGCGUAUCAAGCAUGAGACAUACCUCACUACGAAGACCGGAAGGGGAACGCCUCAAUGGAUGGCACCAGAGGUUCUUCGAAAUGAAGCUGCUGAUGAAAAGUCUGACGUUUACAGCUUUGGAGUAGUACUAUGGGAGCUUGUGACUGAGAAGAUUCCGUGGGAAAAUCUAAAUGCUAUGCAGGUGAUUGGAGCUGUGGGAUUUAUGAACCAGAGACUCGAAGUCCCAAAGGAUGUUGAUCCUCUGUGGAUUUCUCUAAUGGAAAGCUGCUGGCAUAGUGAACCACAGUGCAGACCGACGUUCCAACAAGUUAUGGAGAAACUAAGAGAGCUUCAAAGGAAAUACACUAUACAGUUUCAGGCAGCUCGUGCUGCAUCGAUAGACAACUCUUCCCUCAAGGAAAAAUAAAACCCUUAAACCCCCAGAGCAGGAUCUGAUUCGCAUUGAAGAAGAAGCUUAGCUACAGAAGAAUGGUCAAUGAAGAGAAAGCAGCAAGCAAGAAGAAGCUUUGGUAAAAGCUGCUAAGCUCCAUCGAUAAUCUCUCUCUCAUCACGAGAGGUAGAUUCGUUUCAAAUAUGACAUGUGCUUGCUUGCGAGCUGAACUAGAUAGGAUAUAUAUAAUUAUGCAUGAGGUAGACCAAGUUCUUUUUCCUUGAAAGAAUAGAUUGUACAGAUAAAAAAAACGAGAAUGAACCAAAAGAUUUGGAGUAAAUUUUGUUACAUUUUA